CUAUUUGUCGUGGCUCUUGUUUAAAAAUUACAACUUAUUAAGUUUCGACAAUAAUGUGUUUUUAUUAUUUACGUUAAAAUUGUUUUUUUUUUAUUAAAGUAACUAAGUACUAUAAAACUAAUGAAUGUAAAUUGUUUUUUUUUGGGAUCUCCUAAUUGAUUAACAACAUAUAUUAGUAUUUUAUAUUCUUUUAUCCUAUUGGAAGUAUUUGUUAACUGUUGCCAAAAUGAGUGCUAAAUCAGAUUCUGUGCAAAAUGAUUUUCGUCCUGUGAAAAAAGUCUUGUACGAGGGCCUUCGAGAAAAAGACGUAGGCAUAACGGAAUACUCGACAUCGGUCCCUGGCAUAUCUGGCAUUCUUAAACACAGGAUAUCGGAUUUUCAAGUAAACGAAAUCAAUUUAAACGGAGAUGUUGUUCGUCUAACUAGUCGUACCGUCCCUGAAAAAGAAGAAGAAGUUUUCGAACCCCAAGACUAUGUCGAUCAAACCGGUCUAUGUGAACCACACGUAGAAGCUAUCGAUGAAAUGAUAGCUUCAAAAAGUGUAAAACAAGUAGAAAUAGGCGUCGAUGGUUUAACUAAAGAAGACCGUACAUCAAUACAUAAGUUUUUAUCAUCAAAGUAUGGUACAAAAAUUAGUACUAGCACUAAUAAAGAUCAACAAAACAAACAAACUAUCAUUAUAAAAUUAGCCCAUCUCGUAAAAAAUGACAGACAAACUUGGCCUAAAUCUCAACCGGAAUACUUACAUUUUGUUCUACAUAAAUGCAAUAUGGAUACUACGCAAGUUGUGAGCAUUCUUUCUAAGCAACUAAAAGUAAAAGUUAACAUGAUCAAACACGCUGGAACUAAAGACAAACGCGGUAAUACAACUCAAACAUUGUCCGUACGAAAAGUAGAUGCCAAUAAAGUAGCUAAAGUGUGUGCCAGGAACAUUUGGACUGGUAACUAUGAGUACAAAGAUGCUACCCUGAAAUUAGGUGAUCUCAAAGGAAAUCGCUUUCAAAUAGUCUUGAGGAAUAUCGAAGCUAACAACGACGAAGUAGCUAAAGCUAUUUAUAUGCUCGAAAAUAACGGCUUCAUUAAUUAUUACGGUCUACAACGCUUUGGCAGUUCGAUAGUGUCUCCUACCUACGUUGUUGGUAAAUCAUUAGCCAGCGGUAAUUUUGAACAAGCUGUUGAGCAUAUAUUAAAGCCAAGACCGAUGGAGAGCGCUUUUGAAACUGAUACAGAUCGCGCCAGAGCAGUAUGGUGGGAAACGAGAGAUCCUAAAAAUGCAGUUUUCCAAUUAUCCAAGAAGAACUUCACUAUCGAAGCAAAAAUCUUAAGAUCAUUAGCCUUUAAUGGACCUAGAUCUUAUGUCAACGCUUUCCAAGUGAUUCCUAGAAAUUUAGUUAUGUUGUACCUUCAUUCGUAUCAAAGUUUACUGUGGAACAAAAUUGUCUCUCGACGGAUCAAAGAAUAUGGCUUGACUCCAAUUGUAGGAGACUUGGUUCUUAAUGAUAAAGAAUUUGUUGACCCAACAAUUGAAGAUGUCGAAACUGAAGAAGAUGUUGCCGUAUUGGACGAUAUCAAAUUUCCCGAAGUCAUUACAAUUACAGAAGAAACCUUAUCAAACUACGGUAUUUACGAUGUAGUAUACCCUUUGCCCGGGUGUGAUGUGCGUUAUCCUGAUAAUGUGAUUGGAACAUGGUUUACUGAUAUUUUGGCUGAAGAUAAUUUGACUUCGGAAAAACUAAUGAAGAAAGACAAGCUAUUUUCCCUAAGAGGUACUUACAGAAAAUUUGUAUCCAAAGCAAAUGACAUCACUUGGUCUAUUGUCUAUCACAACGACAUCAACGAUGAUUUACUACUAUCUGAUUAUGAAAAAUUAGAAGGUCGGACACCUUUCGAAAGUGUACCAGAUGGUGCGUUUAAAUCAUUACUAGUAGAAUUUUCCCUACAACCAUCAAACUACGCAACAAUGGUUGUCCGAGAAUUAACCAAACAGGAUACGUCUUCACAUUCACAAGCAUCGUUAGCUAAGAUGUCGCAUAAACGAGAAAUUGUCGACGAGGAAAACAUAAUUAAAAAAGUUAAACUAGAUGAGUCUUAAAAUGUAAAUUAAAAUAUUUUUGUAUUUUCAACAAAACAAUUUCUUAUUUAUUUAUUUAUGACAUUUAAUGUGACGCUCCAAGUUGAUCUUCUUGCUAAAGCCACGUCCACAUAUCUCGCAUCGAUGUGACCACUGUCCUGAAUGUGACGACAUAUGGCUACGUAAAUUCCCUGGCGUUGGAUACGAUUUAUUGCACAAGUUGCAUUUGUGGGGUUUUUCCUUUACAGUAAUAAUUAAAAAAAAUGCAUAAACAUUAUGUGUUUAUUAAUGAAACAACUAAAAAAUUAAAUAAUCCUAAAUAUUUCUUUCUACCUUAUAAUGAGUCAUUCGGUGGUA